UGAGUUGAACCGGAAUGUUCCAAAUGGUUCAACCCAGCCAAGAGAAACCCUAUUCCCACCUCGCGAUGCCGGCGCUUCUCCUCGCCGUCACUGCUCUCCUCUUUCAACCUACGGUCAUAGCUCCUCACCGCUGCCUCCGCUUGUGUUCGCCGCUCCUCCCCGCGCCCAUAGCUCCUCGCAUCCGUGCGCAGCCAUCGAGCAUUGGCGCUCGGGCAAGUCGGGCAUUUUGGAAGCUUGGAGUCUCAAUUUAACUUCGUUAUAUUCGGGAAUUUCUUGGUUAAUUGUACAAGUGUAUUGUCAAUCUGAGCCAGGAUGUAUGGGAAACGUGCAUCCCAGCUUUUAAAAGAUCAAGCAUGCUGUGAAAAUGGACAGUUUACCCCAUUUAAUAGUGAUUUAUUUGAUCAAGUUAUUAGUGAAUGCAAUGAGCACAGCCUUCAGCUCCAGUCAUUAAUCAGGAAAAUUGAGGAGCAGAACUUAGAUAUGCAAACAACCAGAAAUGAAGAUCACUUUGGUGCAGUCAUCCACCACCUUUCUUUGGUUCGCAAUAAACGCUGUCUCAUGGCUUACAUGUAUAAUCGGGCAGAGAUCAUUCAGGGUUUGAGAUGGAAAGUUGGCCCUGUGCUUCCCCAAGAAAUGCAAGAAAAAUUAAAUUAUUCAGAAGAAGAAUAUUUCAAAAAUCACUCGGCAGCCAUAGAGGCCUACAUGUCUGAGUUGGACCUAGAUUUGACUGUGGAUAUGGUUCCUCCGAAAGACCCCUAUAUUCGAGUUAGGGUGCUUGAUGAUAUAGGCGAAGUCUGCCUUGAUGACCAUUCGAUCUCUCUUGCCAAGCACUCACUGCAUUUUCUUAGGCGUACUGAUGCUGAACCAUUUAUCUCACAGGGUCUAAUGGAAGAGUUUCUGGAAUGAUGCCACUCCGCGAUAAUUAUAAAAAUUGAAUGAUCAUAGUUGGUGGCUUGUGUUGGAGCAGGAAUAAUUUUUAGUUUAUACAGUAACCACCGAGAAAUGGAAACAGCCCAAAGGAAAUCAACAGAGAUGGUUACUACCUGAUCUUACCAAAGAAUUUGAUGAGCACUACUGGUGUAAGAGAUGUCUCUCUUAGGAUGGACACAUAGCUAAAGAAAAAGUUUAUGCAAGUUAUGUAAGUAGGAAGUAAGAUGUUUGUAAGCCAAGUCAUGAGUAAAGUGCAACAAUAAUGUAACUCUGACUGCAAGAUGAUACCAUGUAUAUGGACUUGUUUUGGUGCCACAUUUCAGUUUCUAUACACUGGUUGUUUCCUUGAA